CUCCAUUUUUUUAUCAAGAACAAUUUGUGUCUCUUGCGUAAACGAAGAAUCAACAACACAACACAAGUGUCAAAAGCAAAGCCAAGAGACACAAGAGGAACACAAAACGUCCAAAAACCCAAACAAAACCUCAGCCAAAACUUGUUCUUUCUUCGUCUGUUUCAAUUCGAUUUCCAGAGGCAACAAAACUUCCCCCAAAAAUGGAGGAAAUUCUGUUCGACGAGAUUCUCCACGAGAUAUUUACGAGAUUGCCAUCGUCUCCUCCAUCUUCGUUACCCACUUACGAAUCAGUUCCUCUUGUAUCCAAGCGAUGGCUUCGUCUCUACAGAGCCUCAAAGACUUCCUUGUCCUUGCGAAUCAACCCUCACGACAGCUCGGUAAUUACCCUUUUGCCCUCUAUCCUCCGUAACCAUCCUUGUCUCUCUUCCCUCUCUCUCGUCUGGUUCAUCGACUCCAAAAUUCCGAACCAAUUUCGCUCGCCUUCCGAUGCUGCCGCGGCGGAACCGGUUUUCAACGACCAUCUCAUCUCGAUCGUCUCUUCCUCCUGCUUCAAUCUCCGAAAGCUCUGUUUUUUAGUCAACCCAGUUCCUUCAUCUUCCUUGCUUCCUUUCUUUAGUCAAUCUCUCACUUCUCUCUCUCUCAAAUUGUAUAGACCCGUUUCCUUCGAUUGGGUCGCUUCGUUUCCGUCUCUCAAGGAACUCUCUGUCGAUGUCCACUCGGGAAACUCUUCGAAAUCCGGGUCAAACCCUGACCCGGAAGUUGUCGAGUUGGGUCUGGAGUCGAUUUCGUUAACCGGAAUCCAAUCAGACGAUACCGGAGUUAACUGGCUGUGGAAGAGAUGCAGAAAGGUAAAGAAACUGAGUCUAAAAUCUUGUGGAACCAUUGGAGAAACCGAGUUUUUCGGUUUGUGUCUAAAGAAUCUUGAAGAGAUUGAGCUUAGGACAUGUAGGAGUAUAGUUGAUGUUGUUCUGCUGAAAGUUUCAGAGACUUGUGAAUCUCUCAAGUCUCUGUUGAUUCAUGAUGGUGGAAACAAAGAUGGAUUGGUUUAUUUCAUGAACAAUGCGAGAUGUAAUGAUACUUUGCAGAAACUCGAUUUGCGUUUACCUAUGGAUUUAGUCGACGAGCAUCUCGUCUCUCUCGCUGCGAAUUUCAAAUCUUUAUCUACUCUUAGGCUUACAAGCUGUUACUUUGUGACUGGUCAUAGUUUAAAGGUGUUAGCUUCAAGCUUUAGCUGGACUCUUGAAGAGCUUUCUUUGCUUAGCUGCGACGCGGUCGAGAGAGAACGCGGUUUGUUGGCGACAUUAGGACAGCAUUUGGGGAGAUUGAGGAAAUUGGAACUGUCGUUUAAUGAGUGGUUAUUCGUUAAAGAGUUAGUUUCGAUGUUAGCUUCUUGCAAUGGCUUGGUUGAGCUGAACUUGAGAGGAUGUAAGAACUUGACAGGUUCAGUGUUGGUUGCUCUGAACAAGAGCUGUGUGAAGUUGAGGGAUUUAGACAUUGUAAGUUGUCGAUUGAUUCAGGCUGGUGAAGUGGAGGCUUUUGUGCUGAAUUCACAAUGCUUGAAGAAGAUUGUGGUUGAAGAGAACAAGAUAACAGAGGAUGCAAUGAAAUGGGCUUCGAGUAAGUUCAUUGAAGUUGUUGCUCUUGAUUCAGAUGUUCCUUGGUGAUUACUUGGAUUAGCGUUUGAAGUAGAAAAGCAUUUGAUGUCCCCACACACGCACACACACACACACAAAAAAAACUAUCUAGUGUGAAGUAUAUGUAUGACAGUAUAGAACAUGAAUAAUAUGGAUACCCAAUGAUGUAUAUAUACUAUUACUGUAUAUAAGUUUGUUUCGGUUUAGUGAA